AUGGCCUUGCCCUUCUCUUCGCUGCUGGCCCUGCUGGUGCUCAGCUCCAAGUCCCUCUGCUCUCUGGGCUGUGAUCUGCCUCAGACCCACAGCCUCAGUGACGGGAGGUCCUUCAUGCUCCUGGGACAAAUGAGGAGAGUCUCCCCUCUCUCCUGCUUGCAGGACAGACAUGACUUUGAGUUCCCCCUGGAGGAGUUGGGUGGACACCAGGCCCAGAGGGCACAGGCCAUCUCUGUGCUCCACGAGAUGACCCAGCAGCUCCUCAACCUGUUCAGCACCAAGGAGGCAUCUGCUGCCUGGGACAAGGCCCUCCUGGACAGACUCUGCACUGGACUCUUCGAGCAGCAGAGUGACCUGGAGGUCUGCAUGAUGCAGGGAGCGGGGGCGGAGGAGAUGCCUCUGAAGCAUGAGGACUCCGCAUGGGCUGUGAGGAAAUACUUCCAAGGAAUUGUUGUCUAUCUGGCAGAGAAGCAAUACAGCCCUUGUGCCUGGGAGGUUGUCAGAGCAGAAGCCAGGAGAGCCAUAAACAAGAGUGUCAAUUUGUUAAGUCAACAACAGGAGUCACUGUGCACUUACUCCUCAUGUAGGAUCUUUGUCCUUAGUGUGCUGUACAUUGAGAUUUAAUGCUAUAACUAGUACUCAACCAGUAUUUUUCACUUUAUGUUUCUGUGUGGGAGCAAACUGUUGAAAUCUUUACUUAAUGUAUGCUAAACUGAUCUUCUGUAUAUAAAGAGAAUCGAAAAUGAAUCUUGAUGUGAAUGAA